AUGGGUGGUGGGGCGUCUUCGAAGCUGGUGGAAGGUGUCAAGAACUCCAGCCAAAAAGAACUGAACGAGUCAAUGCAAGAUCUCUCUGGCGAAGAACGGAGCAGGAUCUUGUCAGCCAUCACCAUGCUAGAGGUGGCCGGGAGCUACCGUGCUGACACCUCCAAUGGUGAUUGGGGGGAUUACAGUAUCAAAGUCACGAUCAAGAGCUCUGGCGAUGCCUCUGUCAAGAUCUCCCAGUGCUUCUUCCGAGACAGCCCAGGCGAGGAUUUCUUCUACGAGGGUGCCCUCAGUGCAGCAGGUGAUCUGCUGACCUUUACCUCUUCCAAGGUUACGAACUCGCUCGACACUCCGUUUGAAGACAAGGUCGAGACUAUGAAGUUCAAGACCCUCGGCUUUCGUUUGAACAUCGAGAUUCAGGGAGACGGCUCCUUGGCACGGCUCAACGAGGACGGCUCGGUGGCGCAGAUACAAGGGGGCUACGAUGGCACACCCGUUCCUCGCUCUGCCAAGCAAAAGAUUGUAAAAUGGUUUAACAGUGCUUGUGUGUUGGUGUUGUUGGUGUUGUUGUUGUUGUUGUUGUUGUUGCAAAUGCUUGUGACAUCCGAAAACAUGGUCAAAGCAGUUUUUGUUACGCUAUGGUACUUCACAUGGGCCUAG